GACACGGCGACUAGCACAGGCGUGCCCCGACAUCGACAAGAUCGACGAGGUAACGGAGACUGGGAAGCUGACAGGUUGGAACCGUGUCUUCGAUUUCCUUCUCUCCGAGCUCGACCUGUCCAAUGUGAAUGAGAUGGGGAACUCAGCAGAGAAGUUCUUCAACAAACUCCAGCGGGAGUCCGGCCGACGCCUGUUGCGCGCGGGGGAAAUCGCGGCGACGGCGGGCGGCGACUACCAUUUCGACAAGGCGUACAAGGCGCUCUGCAGUGGCGCGGGCUUCCAUGGUGAGGCGGACGAGAAUGGAUACGACGGCCACGACGGUGAUGAUCGAUCGGAGCUCGCAGACAUCGCGGACCAGCUGGCGAGCUUGGCGGACGAGGGCGACGCGCUGAUGUUCGACGGCACUGAGUUCCAAGACGAACCCGAGGACGGCAACUAUGCAGAGUUCAAGCAGAUGGGCCG